AAGAAGGAGGCCAAAGAGGAGGACUGAGGCUCUCCUGACGCGGCUGGCGGUGUGAUGUUCCAACCCUUCCUGACCAACAUGGGUGCGUCACUGUGGUUCCUGGGGGUUUGUGUGCUCACUGUGGCUCAUGUUGCCCCCUCCAGCCAAGCCAUGUCCCGUGCUGCCAUGCCGUUUGGGCUGCUCCGCAGGGAGCUGGCAUGUGAGGGUUACCCCAUUGAGUUGCGCUGCCCAGGAAGUGACGUGGUCAUGGUGGAGACUGCCAACUAUGGACGAACUGAUGACAAGAUCUGUGACGCAGACCCUUUCCAGAUGGAGAACACGCAGUGUUACCUCCCUGAUGCACUAAAGAUCAUGGCCCAGAGGUGUAACAACAGGACUCAGUGUGUGGUGGUGGCAGGCGUCGACGUCUUCCCAGACCCGUGUCCUGGAACGUACAAAUACCUGGAGAUCCAGUACGAAUGUGUCCCUUACAAAGUGGACCAAAAAGUUUUUGUGUGUCCUGGCUCACUGCUCAGCAUCCAGCCGGCCUCCUCUUUCCUGGAGGCAGAGCAUCAGUCAGGGGCGUGGUGUAAGGACCCGCUGCAGGCUGGCGACAGGCUGUACGUCAUGCCGUGGACACCGUAUAGGACAGAGGUGCUGUAUGAGUACGCCUCCUGGGAUGAUUAUCGCCAGAACAAAGUCACUACUACCUAUAAGUUGCCCAGCCGUGUGGAUGGAACAGGUUUUGUGGUGUAUGAUGGUGCCGUGUUUUACAACAAGGAACGAACACGUAACCUAGUCAAGUAUGACCUGCGGACACGCAUCAAAAGUGGUGAGGCAGUGGUCGUCAGUGCCAAUUACCAUGACACCUCACCUUAUCGCUGGGGAGGGAAGUCAGACAUUGAUUUGGCGGUGGAUGAAAAUGGUCUUUGGGUCAUCUACUCCACUGAAGCCAAUAAUGGUCGCAUUGUGGUCAGCCAGGUGAAUCCGUACACCCUCCGCUUUGAGGGCACGUGGGCCACAGGCUUUGACAAACGUGGGGCAAGCAAUGCCUUCAUGGCCUGUGGCGUGCUCUAUGCGGUACGCUCUAUCUUCCAGGAUGAUGAGGGGCAGGCAGACGGAAGAGUCGGCAGCGAUAUGGUGGUUUAUGCUUACGACACCAGCCGCGGACAGGAGCUACCUGUUCAGAUCCCAUUCCCCAAUGCCUACCAGUACAUUUCCUCAAUAGACUACAACCCCAGAGACAACCAGCUGUAUGUGUGGAAUAACUACCAUGUGCUGAGAUAUCCCCUACAGUUCACUCCCCCGCCUCCCACUAAAGGUCCCCUUUCUUCCCUCAUGACUACAGUCCGGUCCUACACGGCCACUGUAGGCCUAAACCCAGUGCGCCCGUCAGCAUCUCACCCAAUUGGUGUCAUUAACCGAGGGUCCUUUGACCAGCGUCCUAUCACAGCCAUGGUCCCUCUGACCCCGCGUCCACCUUUGCGUGUCCCCUUGGCACCGGGGGCCCCGGGUCAGGUGGGGGGUUGUGAGAGCCGUGUGGCACGAGGGGUGCAGUGGCCACCCACUCUGAAAGGAGAGUCUGUGGAGAGACCCUGCCCCAAAGGGUCACUGGGCAUAGCAUCCUAUCACUGCAUGCUGUCUCCAGUGGGCUGGAGCUCCAGAGGACCUGAUCUCUCCAACUGCACCUCACCCUGGGUCAGCCAAAUCGCACAAAAGAUCAAGAGUGGAGAGAAUGCUGCCAACAUCGCCAGAGAGCUGGUCAGCCUGACCCGGGGACGCAUCUACGCCGGUGACGUCAGCAUGUCUGUCAAGCUGGUAGAACAGCUACUAGAAAACCUCGACUCUCAACUUCAGGCUUUGAAACCGGCCAAUAAGGAGCCUGCAGCACGCAAUUACAACAAGCUACAGAAGAGGGAGAGCACAUGCAGAGCUUAUGUUCAGGCGGUCGUUCAGACAGUUGAUAACCUCUUGGGUCCAGAGGCUCUGGUGUCCUGGGCUGAUAUGAGCAGCACUGACCAGUCACGUUCAGCCUCAUUGCUGUUGGAUGCAGUCGAGAAAGGAGCUUUUUUACUGGCUAAUAAUCUCUAUGAGGGCCGUUUCAGUGACAGAGCAGCAAACAUUGACCUCGAGGUAUACGUAUUAAACACGGAGGUGGACAUACAGGACCUGACGUUCCCUGAUUCCUACGACAGUGACAGCAUCCUGCAGAUCUCAGCGCUCGCUUUGCAGCAGUACAGCAACAAUGGCCAGGUGAAGCUGGUCCUCGCUCUCUAUAAGAACCUGGGCUCCUUUCUGACCACCCAGAACUCAACUCUGCGGCUGGGGAUGGGGCUGGGUCAGGGGUCAGAGGUCAGACAUAGGAGUUUGGUAGUUAACUCCCAUGUCAUCUCUGCAUCUGUGCACAGAGGAUACAACAGAGUGUACCUCUCUGAACCAGUCAUCUUCACACUGAGGCACCUGCAGGUGGAGAACCACUUUGGUCCCAACUGUUCUUUUUGGAAUGCAUCAGGGCCUUCUGGGAGUGGCAGGUGGUCAGCACAGGGCUGCCGCCUUCAGCAUACCAACAAUACACACACGACAUGUGCAUGUAACCACCUGUCCAGUUAUGCCAUCCUCAUGACUUACCAACAACCUGCUUCUGGGGUUGGUGUGGAAGAGCUUCUGGUUUACGUGGUUUCCUGGGUUGGCAUCUCUGUGGCACUGGUGUGUUUGGCCACUUGUGUUACCACUCUCUGCUGCCAGGGGGCGCCCUGGCACACAGACCACAGCAGCAUCCACUGCAACCUGUGGGCCAACCUGGUGGUCACGGAGCUGCUCUUUCUUGUUGGUGCCAACAAGCCAAAGUUCACAGUUGUGUGUUCGAUCAUUGCUGGCAUGCUGCAUUUCUCCUUGCUCUCCGUCUUCUGCUGGUUGUGUCUGGAAGCCGUGGAGCUCUACCUGCUGCAGCGUGAAGUAUUUGAGGGCAGAAACUCCAGGAGGAAGUACUUCUACCUGUGCGGGUACUCUGUCCCCGGCCUGGUGGUGGCCGUUUCUGCUGCCAUCGACUUCAGAGGCUACGGAUCCAAAUCUGCAUGCUGGUUACAAACAGAUAAUUACUUCAUCUGGAGUUUCCUGGGACCUGUAGGGGUCAUCCUGGUGUUGAACCUGGCUGUUUUGGUGAUGACCUUACACAAGAUGCACAGCAAUGCCGGCCUAAAGCCAGACUCCAAUCGCCAUGACAACCUAAGGGCGUGGACCGUCGGCUCUCUGACGCUGCUCUUCCUACAAAGUGCCACAUGGUCUUCAGGUCUCAUGUUCCUCUCUUCCCCAUCUCUCCUUCUGGCUUAUCUCUUCUCCUCCCUCAACACAGCACAAGGCCUCCUCAUCACCAUUCUUCACUGCACCCUCACCAGGAAGGGUCAGAAGGACUACAGUCGGUGUAGUCGUCUGUCGCAGUGCUGUGGAACGUCUUCAUCUAGCUCUUCGGACUCUGUGAAGGGCGCUGCCCUGCGUUCCAGCAGCCGCUACACCAGCAGCCAAAGCCGGAGAGCCACCGCUAACAGACAGAGUCGUAUUCGGAGGAUGUGGAAUGACACAGUACGAAGACAGACUGAAUCGUCUUUCAUUGCCGCAGAUGUUAACAACACUCCGACUCUCAAUCAAGCAACAUUAGGGAACCAUUUUCUCAAUAAUCCAGUGUUACAGACUCAUGCUGGAGCCUCACCUUAUGACACCAUGUUAGCGCAGGGAUACAAUCAACCCUUCACCUCCACAGGAACCUUCAGAAACAAGCCGAAGGCUGGUGUGUCCCAAAGUCAGGAUGCCUGUGGGUUAGACAGUGUGUGUUUGAAUGGAGGGUACACCCCAAAUACCUUCACCUUGCAUGGUUUGGGGGCCACACCCGGGUCACGAGCUGGAGUCAUAGGUAGCACUGAUCUUCUGAGAGAGGGAGGAGUGACAAUAGAAGGGGAUGAAAUGUCUCCCACCCUCCUCACUCCACACGGUGCCACAGAGAUGGGCAGCGGUGCCGGAAUACGCCGGAACCUGUCUGAUGCAGCAGCACUGGAGAAGAUGAUCAUCUCAGAGCUGGUGCAGAGCAAUCUGAGGCCUUCAGUUCCGAUGCCUGUUCCCCCUGAGCGCUAUGGGAGCCUAGCAAGGAUUCACCAUCACGACAGGCCUCCUCUCACUCAUGCUGCCACAUUAACUCGACAUGUACAGCAACCCCAGGAGGGCUGGGCUACAACCAUGCAGCCAAACACACGACACAACAUGCAAGAGGGCUGGACACACUCCAGGCAUCACUCAAAAGACCCUGAAACACAUUCCGCUACACGAGGGCAAGAUCAAACACCACGCUUACAAGAUGGCUGGUCACACACGCGUGCUAGUGAAGAUUCGGAGUCUCAUGAGCUGCUUAAGGACAGGGACAGGUUGCAGUUACAAGGCACCCUGGGUCGCAGCGGCUUCCAGGACAGACAACAAACGCGACCCCCUGAUGUUCAAGUGCGACCCUACUCCACCCUCAGCCGCGCUCCAGGCACUUUGUCCCGCCACCACACCGGAGCUGACUCAAGCACAGGAGUGGACAGAGAGAGAGAAAGAGAGCGAGAGAGGGAUCGUUACAGGGACAGGCCCCUCCCACCUCCUCCUCCUCCUCCACCCCAGGAGUCUGAGCCCCUGUACAAGGCUCUGGAAGAGCCACUCCUGAUGAAACAGAGGGAGGGGAGCGUAGAAACAUGGAAAGGAGGUCAGGACCGAGAGAAGGAUGAGAUGUUUCUCUUAAAACGAGAUGGAAUGACAGAAGACUGGAGAGCAGAAAGAGAGCUGAGAGGGAGGGAUGAGUCUUUUGGCUCUCAGAAGAGAGAUGAUGAAAAGGAAGAAUGGAGGAGUGGGAUUGAUAGAGUGAAAGAUGACCCUCCUCUGCAGGACAAGAGGGAUGGAAGAAUGGAGGUAUGGCGAGUAGGGGCGGACACAGACCACAAAGAGACUUUUAUAACUCAAAAGAAAGACUUUGAGCUUGAUGGAUGGAGAAGUGGGAUGGAGAGAGAUCAAGAUGGGUGGAGAGGAGGGACUGAACAAGACAAUGAAAAACACAAGGAUAGAGCGCUGGAUGUGUGGAGAGGGGGCAUUGACAUAGACCAGGAGGAACCCUUCCUGUUUGACAGCAAAGAUGGCAGCGCUGAUGGGAAGAAUAGAGGGAAAGAUAGAGGCUCUCUUCGUUAUCACAGUAACCAAGAGGACUCUGAUAGCUUUGCUCUGCCUUUGACUCCUGAUCUUGACCUUGAUGCCGACUCCUCACCUCUCUAUCCAAGAGAUUCCAAUCCCUCCCCACUCUACCCCAGAGACCGCCUUUCACCACCGCUCAGUAUUUUCCCUCGAAGCUCUCCCCAGACAAAUAUCUUUGUUCCACGUGAAACCACAUCACCUCCAAACAACCUCUACUCCCGUCCCUCCCCACAGGUGUACAGCCGAAGCAGCUCUCCUCCUCGCUUCUACACCCGGACCUCUCCACCAUCCCUCUCUUACCCUGACAGCAGCCCUGAAGGGCAAGAAGAGUUAAGUCCCAGUGGCCAACCACAGCGGCCUGCCCUGGAACUGCCCUACAGUCUGGGGCGACCCCCUCUAGGUCCACGACCCAAUCACUUGCAGACCUUCUACCAGCCCCCGCCACUGGCAUCCAAUGGAGAGGCGGGGUACUCACCAGAGCCCAUGUCUGAGGGAGACGAUGGACAGAUGCAACGGGUGACAAGCCUGUGACUAGGGCGGUGGUGAUCGGGGCAUAGAAACCAGGGGGGAGGAGGAAGACGAUGUUGCUAAGAGUCACUAAAUUCUGAUAAAGAUAUUAUGAAGGAUCAUCAUUGCAUUUGCUGUGAUGAGAACAACAGCAAUGGAAGGUGAAGAUGAUGACAGUGACGGCUCCUCCCUGCUUCUAUCUCCCGAUCACCACAAGACUUACUCCCUUUUCAUGUUUUGUUUCUGCUCUGACUGUAAUCUCUCUUUCUUUCCUCCUCCUCCUCUUUCCCAAA